AGCAUAUCAAGCUAACGCAAGUACAAUUCUGGGAAUCAAAACAGGAAUAACUACUCGUCUCAAUGGACCACAUGUCCAUAAUAACCCAGGUCCCCAAUACAAAGGAGGAGGAAAUAAUCUCCUUUAACCAAGAUAAAGCAUCCCAGUCAAACAACAGCCUGAAGAAGCAGAGGAGCCGGAGUAUAUUCAGCACAUUCUUGUGUUGCUUUCGCAACUACAAUGUGGAGCCCCCAGUCACUAACACAAGCUCCGUGCCCCCUCCUGUUGAAGAGAACGGAUCCCCCCCUAAGUGUGACCAAGUCGAGGUCCUCCCUGUCCCUAGUCCUCCAGCCAAAUACCUCCUGCCAGAGACCACGAUAACUGAUUACGGUAAAAAGUGCGUGGUUAUUGACUUGGAUGAAACACUUGUUCACAGCUCCUUUAAGCCCAUCAGCAAUGCGGAUUUCAUCGUUCCGGUGGAGAUAGAUGGUACCGUUCAUCAGGUUUAUGUGCUGAAAAGGCCUCACGUGGAUGAAUUCCUUCAAAAGAUGGGGGAGCUGUUUGAGUGUGUGCUCUUCACAGCCAGUCUCGCCAAGUAUGCAGACCCCGUAGCAGACCUCCUGGACCAGUGGGGGGUUUUCCGAGCGCGGCUCUUCAGGGAGUCCUGCGUCUUUCACAGAGGGAACUACGUCAAAGACCUCAGCCGGCUGGGACGAGAGCUCAACAACGUCAUCAUUGUGGACAAUUCGCCUGCCUCCUACAUUUUCCAUCCAGAAAAUGCUGUCCCAGUCCAAUCCUGGUUUGACGACAUGAAUGACACGGAGCUGCUGGACCUGCUGCCUUUCUUUGAGGGACUCAGUAAGGAAGAAGAAGUUUACGGCGUCCUGCAGAACUUCAGAAGCAGGUAGCAGGACACGCCGCCGCCCCGCCUCGCCUCUGCUCUCCAGAGUCUUCUCUGCCAAACCCACCCCGUCGUUCUCUGCCGCCGCGCCUCGGGCCCGGGGAACAUCGUCCCUUUAGCGCCUAAAGCGACGACCUGCAGUCUCACUGUGGAAACCCCUCCCCUCGCACCCCAGUCUGCUCUCUCCUCCUGGUGACUGGCUGCCUCCUGAGUGCCAACAAAACAACACAGGACCACUGUGUCUCACAGAAACCAGAAAGUGGGCGGAGCCUCCUUAUUGUUAACUUUGGGGACUAAGAACUAAGAGGAAAGAACUCUGGUUUUUGACUUUUUUUUUCCAAAUCUAAAAAGUUAUAUUAGUCUGUGAAUUUCAAAUUUUAGAACCAAAAAAAGAAAGCACUCGACCUGAGACUUUUAGUUUUUUUGUGGCGCCACACAAACGUACGGGAAGGUUUUCGUCCUCAUCGUCGCUAUGCAGGCAGUUUCUGAUAGUAGAAAGGACUGUAACUCUUUUCUUACCGAAUGAAGUGCCUUGUAUGAAUGUACUUUCUAUGAGGAGUUCUUUUGUACGCAACAUAUUUCCAGAGAGCGUCAAGUCUUUUUUCACACACGAUAUGCUUUAAACUGGACACACAAGUAUCCUUAAACCAAUAUUUGACUUCACUUUUGAGCGCCCGGCGUUUGGCAGUUGUCGGGCAGCCCCCUCCUCCUCCUCCUCCAGAAUGCAUGUGCCAUUAUAAAGGUGUGACUUUC